AGCUUGCUGCAAUUUACCAGUAACGCUCGGUUGUUUGAUACAAUGUAAACCAGUCUGCAAACUGUUAGCUAAUGACGUUAGCUAGCUAGCUUCCAGCGGUAAGAGAUUACAGUACAGUCGCUAGCUUGUUAACAUAGUUAGUCAUUACAGUUAAUUAAGUUUGUCAGCCAGAACGUUAGCCAGCUACAGUAAAUCGAUUUGUUUCCAGUAAUUUUACUUCUUCUGAAGGAGCAACUUUUUGUUUGUCAGUUCUAUCCUUACUUUGGUUAGUUAUGUCGGUGACCACAGCAGUAGCCGGCGUUAAUUCGUUAGCUGUAGUACUACCAACAGUAGUAGUACAGUACAUGAGUAUGGCUACGGUCAGCUCUCUGGAGCUCAGGACCACUAGUAAAGCUGUAUAAGCACCGGGUCGACGGGGCGGACGGAAGCGGCGCAUCGUCGUACGGGGAGGUCCGCAGUGACGUCACAAUGAGCUACAAACCCAUCGCUCCAGCGCCGUCCGGCUCCAACCACACUCCGCCAGGCUCCAGCGUGCCCUCUCCUUCUCUUCCCUCCUCCUCCAGCUUCAGACCGGCGUUCAGCGAUUUCGGUCCGCCUUCGAUGGGCUUCGUUCAGCCGGUGAAAGUGUCUCAGGGUUCGACCUACAGCGAGCUGCUGUCGGUCAUUGAGGAGAUGAGUCGAGAGAUCCGCCCCACCUACGCCGGGAGUAAGAGCGCCAUGGAGAGGCUAAAGAGAGGUAUCAUCCAUGCACGGGCGCUGGUCAGGGAGUGCCUAGCGGAGACAGAGAGGAGCGCUCGCACAUAACCCUUCGCAGAAUCCCAUCAUCCAUCUGUCCCUAGUCUCUGUUAUAGGCCUUGUCUACAACCUCCUGUGUCCAUUGUCCUCAUAGAGAAGGUUAGAGGGCUGCAGCGGUACCAAAGGCAGUUUUAGCAUGGAUGUCCCUGUUAACAGCAUCAGCCACUUUAAUGUUGUCAUUCGGGAGUGUCUUUAAACGUCAUCUUUUGAGAAUAAAACAAACAUAAACAUUUAUAAUUUUUACCUAAACAGCAUGUACACUAGUACAAUAGUAGACCUUCCAUUGGCUGAAUCUUCUCAAUGAUUUGAGUUGCGUCAAAGCAGGUAAGGAAGGAUUAAGUUGAUUCUUACCCUCUAUCGGCGGCGGUGAAUGCCUUCAUAUUCCAUAAUGGUGAAUGUGUAUGGCUGUGUCCUCUAACCUGCUUUAUGUUUGUCCUCAAAUUUGCACCCGACUUUGCUGUUUCCUUUCCACCUCCAUCAUAUCCAAAGUCUGUCACAUCGCUGAUGCGUGGGGUGUGUUUAGAAUGUGGAACUUUCUAACACAUUUUGGGAUUUUGAGGACCGUUCGUGCUCAGAACCUUCUGUAACUUAUUUGUUUUGACAAGGAUUGUGAUUAAUGUUUAAUAUACUGGUAGUCCAGAUUCGUGGUGGGGCUGAGUUGAUUGUGUUGUAAAUUAUUUCAGAUUGACAUUUAAUUUGUAAAUUAUUGCUGAUUGACAGUUCAUUAUGGCUUGUAUUUCUAGAAAUAUAUCUUGUGGUUGAAAGUCUUUUUCUUAGCUGCUAUACUGAUGCCACUCUACAACCAAAGGUUUACUUUUCACAUUGACAAGCAACAUUUACAUCAUUUUAAAUACACCCCUUGUUCUAAACACAUUUUCUGCUGUCAUACUGCCCUCUAGUUGCCACCCAAAUGUUCCCCAAGCCUUCACCACCCAAUGAACCAUAUUCUAUAGUCAUUGUAAUGAACUUGUAAUUACCUCUCCUUCACAACUCAGAUCUGUUGGUUAGUAUGGCAAUUUUGUAAACCAAAUUUUUUGCAAUUCUGUACUUAAAACCUGAAUAAAAAUGAAGUUAGGAAAAUGUUUUUCAAUUAAAA